UACAGGCCUUUGAAUCAUGACCAAUCCAACUAGGGCUGCACUAGGAAACCGGAAGAGGGUGACCUGAUUGAUAACAUCAGACAAGAACAUGAACUUCCUACAUAAAAACUGAAUGGACCAUCACCAACAAAUUCCAGAAACUCAUCUAUUUAUGCUGAAAUUAAUACUCCUGCAGUCAAAUUUUGAAAAGAAGACAAAAGGCCAACCCAAGGCAUGGAAAGCAUCACUGGUCCCCUCAUAGCCUUGUCCAGUACAUUUUCAUUCGACGGAAGCCGAUCAUAUAAAAUCUUUGUUGUUGUGUCAUUGCCAGUAUGGAUCGUGACAGUCAUAUUUGGUUCAGUCUAUGUAGGUGAAUGUCCAGUGCAGCCACUUUUACAAGUCUAUCUAAUAGUCGCAGGCUGCAUUGGUAUUCUGAAAUGCGUCCUCAACAUUAUCCAAUGGAUGAGUUGCACCGAGCCAAGCGAAGAUGGAGUGUGCAUGGACUGCAUGCCAUUUGAUUUCCUCCUCAUCUUUUUCUUAGUUAUAUGGACUAUGAUUGGAAAUUACUGGAUGCAAGAUGCCAUCAAGAAUCAAAGUUUUAUGGAAUCGAGUCCAGAUUAUUGCAACCCGGCCCUCAGUUGGUAUACAUUAGUCUUUGCGGUCAUCUGUGACAUCCUCUUUGUGUCAAAGAUCGUUCUUUAUUGCUGCUGGGGUACAUACUGCGACUCCUGUGACUGUUGCAACAGGCUGGGUUACACGUCGAUUAAUCAACCCCAACCGAAUGCUUGACUUAUGGACAAAACUUAUAAACAGAACUAUAAGGUUUGGUAUAAUCAAUAGCUAUCUUUGGUGAUUGGCCAACACUACUGUCAACUACCAACUUCCAUUCAGAUAUUAGUAAUAGUGAUAUCAAAUUUUCGUUUGAAUUCAUUCAUCCGCAUGACCAUAAGUUCUAUCUUGAGAAAUCAAAAUUGUAAGCCUACUCCUGGAAAAUUACAUUUUUCCAUCUUUCCGGAAGAGAUAUUCCAGAUUCUCUUCCUGGUUUCAGCCAGCCUGAAAAAGUUCAAGUACGCAGUAAGAAAUAGAGUAACUGGGUCAGUAGCAACAGUUAAAUGACAAGAUUGUCAAGUAACUCCAGAUCGCUGUAGGUGUUCUAGUCGCUCAAAGUGAACUCAACCUCUCAAAUUGCACAACUGAUGAUCACAGCUUGCAUCACUUACUCUUAAUGUGGCCAUGACUAAAAAUAGUAUUCAACUGCUUGGUGCUGUGCAUCAAAAUUGUCACUGUGGCCAAUUGUUGGAGGAAGGAGGAGUCCAUUGAUUAUGUUAUAGGGGGAGCAAUUUCACCAACUAAUGCAGCCAAGAUAAUACCUUAUAGAGGGGUGAGAUUUUCCAGGCGAUCAGAAUUGACCACCUGAGUUGACAAAAUGUUGGUCAAUGGAUUUCUCUUCCCUGAUAACAAGUGCACAAUUUAUAUGAUAUUACAAGUGUACCAUCGUGACAAGAGCCAACAGAACCCAAGCAAACAUAUUACAGGGCACAGUAGAAGGCAAUCGAAGACGUGGUCGACAAAAAUGGAUUUGGAUGGAUGAGAAAAGGACCUAAGACCUGAUCGGCUGUACAGAAGAUAGACAACUGUGGUGUCAUGUAGUCAACUGAAGAGGGUUGCCGCAUCACUGCGGGAGAGAUACACAGUGUCCAUAUGCUUACGGUAAAAAGCCUUAGGAUCACAGCAAAGCUGCUGCUGAGAACAGGAGCAAUAUAACUGUCAACAUCUAAGGACCCUGCAGCAGAAGUGUCUCAAAGGAUGAUAACAAGCCUCUAAUCAGUUCCCAGAGCCCUUGUAUCCUGGUUGUGUUUGACAUCAUCUUGAAACAUAAGUGCCGCUGAUCAACAAACCUGCAUUUUAUGGCUUGACCACUUAGAUCCACCAUCUUCCAAGUGUCACAAGAACUUUUAUAAGUAGUCCCCUCCUCUCCCAUAGGGGACUCUAAGAGCUCAAUUGGUACUGAAUAGUGGUCCAAAGAUCUGUGGUUGGAAUCCCAUUCAAGGCAACUUCAGGCUUGUGUUCGUAUUAAUUUCAUUCUUAACGCAAAGGCCCAAUGAUGAUUAUUUGAUCAGAGUUGAGUAGCAACCUAGAUCAAAGCGUCUACAACCAUAUUUUAUUUGAAGGCAGUAAAGGCUUACCAGUAAUCCAUGAAAAGUACACAAAAUAUUAAUUUUUUGAACAAAUUUGUUCACCAAUACAAAUUCCUACGAAUCUCUGCAUGCUGGCCUUAACUUCACCUGAGACAAUAAUCGUAGUAAUCGAUAAUGGCUAUAACACUUCUGGAAAAUAACUGAACAACAGACUAUAACUCAACACAGAAAUCACUCACCCAUCUUUCAACACCCAACAACAGCUAAUUGAAGAACCAGAAAUUGGUGUCAAUUUUCACAAACCUCCGAAAAGUAUCAAUUUUCACCCAAAAUGACUCACAUUUACUUCUAUUUUUCUACAAAAUGAUACACAUUCUUAGAAAUUAAUUCCUGCUUCCGGCUGGCUUUUUUCUUCUCCUGACAAGUUUGAUGUUUAGAGAACCCUAGCACCAGGUGCAAUAUCUUGAGUUUUUUAAAUGGAAAGACAAAAGCAGGUGAAGCCAAAGUUACCAUCUGGAGAUGUUAUUGCACCUGCAUGGCCCCAAAGGACCCUCAAGCCACAUUUGUUUAUUACACCGCCUAAAUUAGCACCAGUCAAGCUAAUAUAUUGAGUUAGAAAUCAAUUUGAAGAAACUUAAGAGCGAUUCAGAAAAUGUUUUUCGAUGGGUGGCUAUUUAUUGAAUUAUCGUUUGAAUGCGAUCAAAAAUCAUUAAGUGCUGGUGCUGAUACAUUUGCGUAUCCAUGUUAAGAAAGGAUACUUCAAACGCAUUUUUAACAUUACAUUGUAUUAUUUUGUCAGCGUGUCUUGGCAAUACAUGCAUUGUGUAUACAUGGUUCAUAUUACAAUCAUGAUUUUUCAUGAGAAAAUUGAAGAAUAAAGGGAGCUGACCCCAAUGCUUAAAUGAUCAGGCUUUCGAUCUAUCAACUCAUUUUACUUAAUAAAAGAAUGUAAAAUACCAAAGUAGAGCUAUUUUUCUAACCCUCAAGGUGACUUGCUUACCAAUCUGCCGCCACCCUUAUCACCCAUAGUGUUCCUGCUGGCGACUCACACUGUUAUGAUAGGUGUUUGAACACCAUUAACAUUGUUAAAUCACAGGUAACAGCACAGAAAUCAAUACUUCUGGUCUAGACUUUACCAUGUUUUAAAUUAGCAACUCAUUUUAUUUGUA